AUGGUUAUUGGUCAAGAAACGAUGCUGGAUAACGUAGGACAGUAUAGCCUGAAGAUGACUAUUGGUCUAGGAACGAUGCUGGAUAACAUGUGGCAGGACAUAGAAAGUAUUCUACUUAGUGACGUAACUCCUGAUCCUCGUUAUUCAAACACUCUAGCUUCCUUACCGGCCCCUCUACAAGUGGAUGUACAACAGCGGGAGGAUGAUACGUCUACCCACCCCAUUACGGUGCCGUCCCAUUUUUACAAUCAGCAGACACAGGGUGGAUUUUGUGUUCCCAGUUGCAUGAACAACACCAGUUUCAUGAAUUCGUUCGAUUUCCAAAAAUUAAAACCUAAUUAUGGCGAUCAGUACUCGGUUAAAGCGCAAGAAGAAUUAGAAACUGUGAACUUAUAUUACAAUGAAAAUAUGGGACAUUACAUUCCGGUCUCACAACAUAAUAGUAAACCUCAGUACUAUGUAGACAUAAAUGGAUCUCAUGAUCAAAACAUGGCUAUCUCUUAUUCACGACCUUGGAGUUACGGUCAGCCUGGAUCAGUUUUCAGUGUUUCUUCUCAAAUGUCCCCUCCAUCAUCCCCAGAAAACUGUGGGGGUCAGCAAUAUCCCCAGACAAACGUUCUCUUUGAAACAGUUUCCCAUCAAGUGACCUCUGGAAGAAUUCCAGUGACCUACAGCUGGCCUUCUCACAUUGCUUUUAAUACCAUAAACUAUAGCUCUCCAAAUAUGCAGAUGGUGACUCCGCCAUCUUCGCCGAACUUGGGUGAGCUUUUAGUGAACGGUACAGCAUCUUAUGGUUCUUCGGUUCCUGGGAUCCUACCACCACCACCAAUCAAACCACGACGUGGCCGAAGAAGCAGUGGUCGCAAAAAAAUAACAGUUCACACGUGCUCUCAUCCAGGAUGUAGUAAGACUUAUACUAAAAGUUCGCACUUGAAGGCUCAUCUUCGGACCCACACCGGCGAGAAGCCCUACCAGUGUUCAUGGAAAGGCUGUGGUUGGAGGUUUGCACGCUCCGACGAACUGACGAGACACUACCGGAAACACACCGGUGACAGGCCUUUUCAAUGUCGUCUAUGUGAACGUGCCUUCUCCAGGUCCGACCAUCUGUCUCUUCAUAUGAAGAGACACACCGUAGUUUAA